CAACAACAGAAAAAUAAUAAUGACUUGAAAGCAUAAUUCAGUCUCAGACCUGAACUCCUCCCAGGGCGGAGCACUAGCCAGCCUAGUGAGGUGCGAACCCUGUACCGGGCGAGGCGCUGGAGGCGGGGCCCCGGGGCUGUUCCCCCCGGGAGCAGCGAGGCCGAGCCGUGGGCCCCUCCCCGAUUCUCGAGGACGCCCGGCGCUCGCACUGGAGCGGGGGCCAGCUAAAAGGGAGCUACCGAGCGGGCAGUCCAGCGGAGCGAUAGCGGGUCACCGGCUGCGGGAGCGAUGAGACCGGUGGAGGGGGGCGCCUGCGCCAGCGUCUCCGAGCUGGAGCUGCUGAAGCUGCGCGCCGCGGAGCGCAUUGACGAGGCGGCCGAGCGCCUGGGGGCCCUGAGCCGCGCGAUCUGGAGCGAGCCCGAGCUGGCCUACGAGGAGCACCGCGCCCACGGCGUGCUGACGCGCUUCUUCGAGCGCGAGGCUCCGGCCGCCUCGUGGGUCGUGCAGCCGCACUACCAGCUGGCCACGGCCUUCCGCGCAGAGUGGGAGCCGUCGGGGGUCAGCGCGGCGCCGCGCCCGCUGCAGCUGGGCUUCCUCUGCGAAUAUGACGCGCUGCCCGGCAUCGGGCACGCCUGCGGCCACAACCUGAUCGCCGAGGUCGGGGCGGCGGCGGCGCUGGGCGUGAAGGGGGCCCUGGAGGGGCUCCCCGGGCCGCCUCCGCCGGUGAAGGUAGUUGUCCUGGGAACCCCUGCAGAAGAAGAUGGUGGUGGUAAAAUUGAUUUAAUUGAAGCAGGGGCUUUUAAAAAUCUUGAUGUUGUUUUUAUGGCCCACCCGUCCCAAGAGAAUGCUGCUUAUCUACCUGAUGUGGCUGAACAUGAUGUGGUUGUGAAAUACUAUGGAAAAGCAUCUCAUGCUGCUGCAUAUCCCUGGGAAGGAGUCAAUGCAUUAGAUGCUGCCGUUCUCGCCUACAACAACCUGUCUGUGUUGAGACAGCAGAUGAAGCCAACCUGGAGAGUUCAUGGCAUAAUAAAAAGCGGUGGUGUCAAACCCAAUAUCAUUCCCUCUUACUCGGAAUUAAUCUAUUACUUUCGUGCACCCUCAAUGAAAGAACUUUCAGUUUUGACCAAAAAGGCAGAAGAUUGCUUCAGAGCUGCAGCUUUGGCUACUGGAUGUACAGUAGAAAUUAAAGGUGGAGCACAUGAUUAUUACAAUGUUCUUCCCAAUAAGAGCCUAUGGAAAGCUUAUGUUGAAAAUGGAAAAAAACUGGGAAUAGAAUUUAUUUCCGAAGAUGCAAUGUUGAAUGGCCCUUCAGGAUCUACUGAUUUUGGAAAUGUUACUUUUGUGGUUCCUGGGAUUCAUCCAUAUUUUUACAUUGGAUCUAAUGCCUUGAAUCAUACAGAACAAUAUACUGAAGCUGCAGGGUCACAAGAAGCUCAGUUCUACACUUUGCGUACGGCCAAAGCUCUGGCAAUGACUGCCUUGGAUGUUAUUUUUAAACCAGAGUUGCUGGAGAGAAUCAAAGAGGACUUUAAACUGAAACUUGAAGAAGAAGAGUUUUUAAAUACAGUAGAAUAAAAGGAAGAUCUAGGAGCCACUUAAUAGAUCAUUAA